UUAUUAUUAAAUAUAUAAAAGCGUUCAAGUUUAAUAUUAAUAUAUAAUAUAUAAUAUACAUUAAUUAUAAUUAUGUCCAAUCCUUAGUUAUCUAUUGAUAAGAAUUGAUUAAGAAUAUAUUUAAAAAUGUCGGGAAAUGAGCCUGAACCGGAAAUCGGUGGAUUCUUUCGUUCUAAUUUGUUAGCAGUACGAAAGGCGAUUCGCCAACAAGACUUUAAGAAGUUCGCCGCUCUCGAGUCGAAUGUCGAGAGGGUGGCUUUCAUUUUGAGAUACUCUGAGGCUUACCAGUUAUCCCUGGAAGUGGAGAAAUCUAUGGUCAAGGAUAGCAACAAUGCUAUCCGACUGAAAGACGCCGGGAACAAAUUUUUUGGUCAUGGCGAAUUUGCGAAGGCUUUGGAAACAUAUUCGAAUGCAGUCCUUCUAGCACCGUCAACAGAAUUAAGCAUUAUUCUGGCGAAUCGUUCGGCUACGUUGUAUCAUUUGGAGCGUCAUGAACACGCGUUGAAGGAUAUCGAGGAGGCCUCGCGACUCGGUUAUCCAAAAGAUCUCCUCUAUAAACUUGAGGAGCGACGGGCCAGAUGUUUAUUGGGCCUGAAGAGACACGAUGAAGCGAUCGAGGCGUUCAGGCGGGCUCUCCAGGCUUUGGAUAAUGCUAAGAUACCCUUGGAAAAGAAGCAAAAAUUCGAGGCGGACAUCAGAGUGAUGCUCGCGGUGAUGGAUAAGGGCAAACAGCUCAAUCAGGCCGCCACAAAAAAUUUUUCUCAGGUUCACGUGAAACAAAAAUCUAAUGCGCAUUCAGAAGGGAAUCAUCAUAGUAGAUUUAUUCCUGAGAAGAAGAGGAACCCUUUGUAUCCCGCUUGCAGUAAUGCAGUGAAAAUCAAAGACGACGGGGGUGACAUAGGUAGACACGCCGUGGCGACUAGAGAGAUAGCACCCGGCGAGAUCGUAAUCAUCGAACGACCGCAUUGUGCUUUUCUAUUGGCAGAGAACAGGCUCACGCAUUGCCAUUUGUGCUUCGAGAGGAUAUUCGUACCAGCGGCUUGUCGCACUUGCACCUGCGUCGCAUAUUGCAGCCAUCGUUGCAGAGAUGCGGACGCCCAAGUGCACUCGCGAGAGUGCAAGUUGUUGCCGGCCUUGUGGCACUCAAAAGCUUCGGUAACGUGCUUCUUAGCUCUAAGGGCGAUCACACAGAUACCUUUCGAAGAAGCUAUGAAACUGAACCAACGACUCAAGGAUUCCGGAAAUGCGUCGCGAAUCUCUGCGGAAAAUCCAUAUCGCGGGGAAAACUACGCGACUUUUUAUAAUUUAGUUACUCACGAAGAUAAAAGGUUGCCUGAGGAUAUUUUUCACAGAGCUUACAUGGCGGCUUGGUUAUUCAGAUUGUUAAGAACCGGCGAGUAUCUGCCGGAAAACGUGAAAACCGCUGACUCAGCAGACAGUAAAUUAUCGGAGGAGGAAUUGUUUAUCGCCGGACUAUUAUUACACAAUUUGCAGCUAUUGCAAUUCAACACGCACGAAAUUUCAGAAUUGGUAAGACCAAAAGGAGAGAAGACACUCGCUAAGGCUAAAAGUAUGUUCAUAGGCGGUGGUGUUUAUCCCACAGUAGCGAUGCUGAAUCAUUCAUGCAAUCCUGGAGUAGUGCGAUACUUUAUUGGCACUACCAUGGUCGUUCGUGCCAUUCGCACCAUUAGAGUGGGCGAAGAGAUUUCUGAGAAUUAUGGUCCCAUCUUCACAAUUAUGCUCGAAAAUGAGCGAAAAAGAAAAUUGAGGGUACAAUAUUGGUUUGAUUGCAAUUGUGAGGCGUGCUCCGGACAUUGGCCACUUUUGGACGAAUUGGAUCCUACAGUACUUAGAUUUAAAUGUGAGACUGGAUUAUCCUGCGGCAACGUAUUGCUAGUUAGAAGCGAUACAAACGAAUUUAUGAUCGGGUGCGCGAAGUGCGGAAAAAGUACGAAUAUUCUGAAAGGCUUGAAGACCCUACAGGAUACAGAUGCCAUUUUUAAGGUUGCAGCGACGAAUCUCGAGGAAGGCCGAAACGAGCAAGCAUUGAAAGCAUAUUUGGAGAUCUUAAAAUUAUUGGAUGAGACUCUGGCAUUACCUAUCAGAGAUUAUCACAUUUGCCAGCAGGGAGUCAGACUGUGUGCUCUUGCUUUAGGCAACAUGGCUUAUAUCUAAUUUCAUGGUAGAACUUUGAAAUAUUGAUAUUACAAAUUUUUUUAUAAACAAACACAAACCUUUUUUUCAAGUA